CAAUUCUAUGCCACUUUCUCACUCUAUUCAUCUUCUUCCAUUCUCUCUCUGGUGUUUCCAGCUUCAAGCACCUGGCAAAUCCAAUCCCAACCCUAAAAUAUCGGGAUCGUUCCGCUUUGACUCACCGAGUUUCUUUUUCAGCUCCUCUUCUCAUGGCGUGAGGUAAAUCACCCCCUUCUUUCUCUUCCUCCGGUUCCCUCCAAUUUUCACAUAAUCCUUGCCCUCAUUAGUGAUUAUCACACACCUUUCUUUGUUCACCCUGUUCUUCACUGUAACCCUAAUUCGUCAUUUUGCUGAUUUUGAAAAUCCGGGUCCUAGCUGAGCUGAUCAUGACUCCCCACCCCACUUCCUUUUCCUGAUCUGGGUCCCAAAAAAAUCAGAUCUUUGCAUCAAAUCUGUGGUCUUUGUUUGAUUUCCGAUUCUGGGUGUGUGUGAACUGUAAUUACAUACAAGAGGUGUUUGUGCAAUUGUAUGCGAGAAAACAAAGCAGGGUUUUGGGGUUUGGAUUAGGAUUUGAUUUGGUUUUGGAUUGGAAUUUUGUGUCAUGAUGAAGAGGAGCAUGAAUCGGUACUAUGUUUGUGUUCCAUUGGUAGUGUGCUUGGUAUUGGCUAUUGAACUUGCUGUAGCAGAGGAUUUUAAACCUACAGAUAACAUUCUGCUGAGUUGUGGAGGUCCUCCGGUUAGUAAAGAUACUGAUGGUCGUCAAUGGACCACUGAUGUUGGUUCCAAGUUUGGUUCCUCCUCUGCCAAAUCCACCACCACGUCGCAGGCGGCAACACAGGACCCUGCAGUCCCUCAGGUGCCCUAUAUGACGGCGCGUGUGUUCCACGCGCCUUAUACGUAUACUUUUCCGGUGGCUUCCGGCUGGAAGUUCCUCCGGCUGCACUUUUACUCGGCUUCAUAUGCGAGCCUCAAUGCGUCGGAUGCGCUGUUUGCGGUGACGGCGCAGUCUUACACGCUGCUUAGGAACUUCAGUGUUGCUCAGACCACCUUGGCCUUGAAUUAUGCCUACAUUAUGAAGGAAUUUGCCAUCCAUGUGGAAGGGGAGAGCUUGAAUGUGACUUUCACUCCAUCUAACAAUGCCUCGAAUGCUUAUGCGUUUGUUAAUGGGAUUGAGGUUGUGUCCAUGCCUGAGAUUUACACCUCCACCGAUGAAAGUACGAUGAUAGUAGGUACAAACACUGCUUUCAGUAUUGACAACAGCACUGCUCUUGAGUGUGUAUAUAGGUUGAAUGUGGGUGGGAAUGAUAUCUCUCCCUCACAUGAUACUGGUAUGUUUAGGUCAUGGUCUGAUGAUGUGCCCUUCCUCUUUGGGGCUGCAUUUGGAGUUACUGAGCCUGCUGAUCCGGAUGUUAAGUUUGAGUAUCCUCCGGGCACGCCAAGCUAUAUUGCUCCACUUAAUGUUUACACUACAGCCAGAUCAAUGGGUCCAAAUCCCAAGAUCAAUACCAAUUACAACUUGACUUGGAUCUUCAACAUUGAUUCUGGGUUUUCCUAUCUUGUCAGACUCCAUUUUGCUGAGGUAUCAUCAAAUAUAACCAAGAUUAAUCAGAGAGUAUUUGAUAUAUUCCUCAACAAUCAAACUGCUAUGCCACAGGCUGAUGUUAUUGCCUGGGCAAAUGAAUAUAGCCUUUCACAUUCAAAUGGGGUUCCAGUGCAUAAAGAUUAUGUUGUAUUUGUUCCCAAUGGAGAUCCACGGCAGGACCUGUGGCUUCAGCUGCAUCCAGAUCCAACCGACAAGCCUCAGUAUUAUGAUGCAAUCUUGAAUGGUGUGGAGAUAUUCAAAGUUAAUGAUACUGCAGGUAAUCUCGCUGGGACAAAUCCUAUUCCUCCUCCUGUGCAAGACAUAAUUGACCCAUCAAUGGCUAGGGCAUCUAAUCAUGGUAAAUCAAAGAAUCAUACGGGCAUAAUUGUGGGAGCUGUUGCUGGAGGAGUUGUUUUAGUACUUGUGAUUGGGCUAUUUGCUGUUGCUGCAUCCCGUCGCCGUAGGCAUGGAAAGGACUCUGGUACAAGUGAAGGGCCAUCUGGCUGGCUUCCACUUUCUCUUUAUGGUAAUUCACACUCUGCAGCUUCUGCCAAGACCAACACAACAGGAAGUUAUGCAUCCUCACUCCCAUCAAACCUUUGUCGUCAUUUCUCAUUUGCAGAAAUCAAGUCUGCAACGAACAACUUCGAUGAGGCUUUGCUUCUUGGUGUGGGAGGAUUCGGUAAGGUUUACAAAGGAGAAAUUGAUGGCGGAACUACCAAAGUAGCAAUUAAACGUGGGAAUCCCCUAUCUGAGCAGGGGGUGCAUGAGUUCCAAACUGAGAUUGAAAUGCUCUCUAAACUCCGACACCGCCAUCUUGUUUCACUGAUUGGCUACUGUGAAGAAAAUACCGAAAUGAUCCUUGUCUAUGAUUAUAUGGCCUAUGGAACACUCAGGGAGCAUCUCUACAAGACCCAGAAACCUCCACUUCCAUGGAAGCAAAGGCUUGAGAUAUGCAUCGGAGCUGCUCGAGGUUUACACUAUCUACACACUGGUGCUAAACACACUAUCAUCCACCGUGAUGUGAAGACAACAAACAUUUUACUGGAUGAGAAGUGGGUGGCAAAGGUGUCUGAUUUUGGAUUGUCAAAAACUGGUCCAACAUUGGAUAAUACCCAUGUAAGUACUGUAGUAAAGGGUAGUUUUGGGUACUUGGAUCCAGAAUACUUCAGGAGGCAGCAACUAACGGACAAGUCUGAUGUUUACUCAUUUGGUGUGGUUUUGUUUGAGAUAUUGUGCGCUCGCCCAGCUUUGAACCCCGCCCUUGCUAAGGAGCAAGUGAGUCUGGCUGAGUGGGCAUCUCAUUGCUACAAGAAAGGCAUUCUUGACCAAAUCAUUGAUCCUUAUCUAAAGGGCAAGAUAGCUCCAGAAUGCUUCAAGAAGUUCGCUGAGACUGCCAUGAAGUGUGUGGCUGACCAGGGCAUUGAGAGGCCAUCAAUGGGUGAUGUCUUGUGGAACCUUGAAUUCGCUUUGCAGCUGCAAGAAAGCGCAGAGGAGAGUGGAAAUGGCUUUGGUGACAUCAAUGGUGAAGUGGAGCCAUUGUUUGCAGAUUCUAAAGGAAAGAAGGACUCUGAUGGGUUGCCGGGUUAUGAUGGUAAUGUGACUGACUCCAGAAGCAGUGGCAUUUCAAUGAGCAUUGGAGGUAGAAGCUUGGCUAGUGAGGACUCUGAUGGGCUAACCCCUAGUGCUGUGUUCUCCCAGAUCAUGAAUCCAAAGGGGCGUUAAGGUCAUGUAGUAACAAAACUUUCACUACAUACACAGUCAACCAAUCAAGUUCUUUAGUGCAAUCUGCUUUCACCAAAUUUAAAAUGUUACUUGUUAUUGAUUUUCUUAAUAUUGCUAUUCCUUUGUAUGUUGUUUCUAAUUUAUUAUGGUUAUGUAAGUUGUAAUUUGUGGCCAUGUUAUAUAAAGAUUGAAGAGCAAACAUAUUGUAACGAGGUUGUUGUGACUUGUGAUCUGAAUUUUUGAAAACCCUCCCUUUCCUCCCAAGAUUGAUGAGACGUGGAAGACAAAGACUAAGUGUUACUUUCUCGGUUUCUCCCUUUUUUUAAGGAGCA